AUGUUCCUGCUGUUCAUUUGCAGACAACACAGCUCUAAGACCACCAAGACAGGUGAGAAGGUGGUGGGUGUUAUAUGGCCCCAGAGUGGCAUGAUGGUGAAGAACACCCCAGUUGCUUAUAGCAGUACACAGUGUUAUAUUAGCACUAUGCUGGCCAGGGACUUCAACAAUGGCUCGCUGGCCAAUUAUAUUCCUGCCUCUCCUUCUCUUGGUGAGAUUGAAGCCAGCUUCAUCAACAAAAAGGAGUUCAUGGGGUCUCUCCAUGGCAUCCAGUUCAAAUGGCCGGUGAUGAUGAUGAUGAUGAUUAAGAUGAUGAAGGUGAGUUGUGGGUCUCGGCUCGCGCUCACCGCGGUGUUGAUGCUGCUCACCGGAGGCGCGCGCGGGAUACGCAUGUGGAAAGAAGGCCCGAAGGUCCGAGCGGAUGGGACAGAGUACAAAGCCGCGGGGUUCCGGUCUGAAGAGCCGCCGGCGGUGCGCGUGCACUGCACUGAGAGCCGCAUGGUGGUGAGAGCGCGCGCUGAUCUCUACGGCACCGGGCGGCUCGUGACCGCCAGUGAGCUGCGACUCGGACCGGAUUUCUCAAAGGAAAACUGCGGCCCGGUUCGGAGCGAGGAUGCGGGGUUCGUGAUUACAGCGGGGCUGCACGAGUGCGGCGCGGAGCUGCGGGUUGAGGAUGAUACUUUGGUUUACGCCAACACUUUGUUCCAUACUCCAACACUGAACCGCUUUGGCAUCAUCAGGUCCGCGGGCAUGGCCAUCCCUCUUGAGUGCCGCUACAAGAGGACUCACUUUGUUAGCAGUAACAGCCAGUCAAAGCCUGUGAGCCUUGCUCUUCUGAGUUCUGCCCCAACUGCACCGGUUUCCUCACCUCAUUUCAUGACUGGUGAUUCGAUAUCUGAGAGAAUGUUGGACAUGUUGCAGUCUACAGACAUCAGCAUGGUGGCUUCUGUGCUCAGUGCUCAUCACAGUGCCCUUAAACUCUUCCUGGACCGCUGUGUGGUGACGCUGGAGUCUGACACUGCAGCCAUAUCCAACUGCGACUUCAUCAAUUACCAUGGGUGUCCUGGUGACUCAGGAUCAGCCAAGUCCACGGUCUCCUCCGUUCCCUGGGAAGACUGUCACGUCUUGAGGUUGAAACUCGACUUGCCACAUUCACUCAGACACAAUGGACACCCAGACAGCUCUAUGUUCGUCACAUGCUGGAUGAAAAACGUUGAUCCAGUUCAGGAGAACAACUCUGGAAAUGAAGAAUGUAGCUACACAGGGAACAGUUGGCACAGUGUUGAUGGGAAGCGUGGUGUGCAGUUGUGCAACAAGAAGUGUGAUGUCUUCAGGCAGAGGAGUUCAUGAGGUCCAAGAGCAUUGCAUCAUUGGGCUCUGUAAGCUCAGUGGUGUUCACUCUCAGGCCAAUCGUCCUGCUGAACCGGACUCUACUACAUUUCAAUAAACCCUCAGUAUAAA